GACGGCAAGCACAUGACCCUCUUCGCCAUCGGGGAGCGCCUGGAGAGGGAGGCGAUGACCAAUCCUGCCAUCGAGGUGAAGGAGUCCGAUCAGAGGGACUACUUCGAGAUCAGGGGCCGGGGGGAGAUGCAGCUCGGUAUCCUUAUCGAGGAGAUGCGACGGGAGGGCUACGAGAUGACGCUCUCGCCUCCGACGGUGGUGAAGAGGCGCCAAUGA